GUUUUUCAUUGUGGAUGAAGUGAUUAAUACAAUUUCUAAACAAUAUCUUAAUCCCAUUACUAGAAAAAGGAUAUUAUUUUUUUUUUAGCGAUAUGAAAACAUGUUGUGCAGCUCGCUUCCUGUCUUGACCGGAAGUGACAAUCUUUCAGCUGUCAUGGCUGAAAAGAGGGAUGUUAUGGGGCUGCCACUGCUACUUUUAUUAAUAUCUGUGGCUCUCUUGCAUUUAUUAAUAUGCCCGUUUACUAAAGUUGAGGAGAGCUUUAAUUUACAAGCGGUGCACGAUAUUCUGUAUCACAGACUUAACUUUGACAAGGUCCUUGACAACUGUGAAAACUCAUUCUGCUGAUGAAAUCAGCAUGUGAUAUGAUUAAGAACUCCAGAUCAGCCACUAAAUGGACCUUGAGAUGCAAUUGUUUUUGUCAACUGCUGUUUCUAAGUAUGACCAUCAUGAGUUCCCUGGUGUGGUGCCACGGACUUUCCUUGGCCCCCUGUUUCUCUCCACGCUCUGCUCCCCCAUUGUGUUUCUGUCCUCUCUGCUGGAUGCACCGAAAUUCUACACACAGCUGACAGUCCGAGCUUCCCUGGGAGUGUGUGUUAUCAGUGCACUGUGGCACAUGCAGAGGGAGGUGAGGAGGCAAUUUGGCUCCACAGUUGCAGGGCUCUUCUGUCUGAUGUGUGCUUCUCAGUUUCACCUAAUGUUCUAUAGCACCAGGACGCUCCCUAAUGUAUUUGCACUGCCAAUAGUUCUGGUAGCAUUCACAUCUUGGAUGGCUCAGGAACACGGCCGGUUCGUCAGCCUCUCUGCUUUGGUCAUCAUUGUGUUCCGGUCGGAGCUCUGCAUCUUCUUGGGUCUCAUGUUACUAAUAUCACUGCUGAGCAGGAGGCUGGGACUGCUGCAGCUGCUUUACUAUGCCGUUCCUGCUGGGAUCUUAUCACUGGCUCUGACAGUGGCCAUUGACACCUUCUUUUGGGGGAAGUUUUUGUGGCCUGAAGGUCAGGUUUUGUGGUACAACACUAUUCUCAACAAAAGUUCCAACUGGGGAACCUCCCCCUUUCUGUGGUAUUUUUACUCUGCUGUGCCCCGCGCCCUGGGCUGCACGCUGCUCUUCGUCCCCCUCGGCCUCCUUGACAGGCGGAUGAGGCUGCUGCUGCUACCCACCGUGGGCUUCAUCCUCAUCUACUCGCUGCUGCCCCACAAGGAGAUGCGCUUCAUCAUAUACACUUUCCCUAUGCUCAGCUUGGUGGCUGCCCGAGGCUGUUCUUUCAUUUUGUGCAACUACCAGAAAUCCUGGAUGUAUAAACUGGGCUCUGCGGUCGUGGUUGGCCAGCUGUUGACCAAUGCUGCGUACUCUAGUAUUUGUCUCUACGUUUCCCACCACAACUACCCAGGCGGCCGAGGAAUGCAGGAACUACACAGGCUGUUACCAGUCACAGCAGAUGUCUUUGUUCAUAUUGACACCUAUGCAGCUGAAACUGGAGUGUCUCGCUUCUUGGAGCAGAACAGAAAAUGGAGAUAUGACAAACGUGAGGACCUGAACCUAACAAAUCCUGAGAUCAAAAUGUACUCGCACCUCCUGAUGGAGGCUAACGUCACCAAGAUAAAGCUACUCCAGGACACUCAUCAGCCUCUGGCCUUCGUAGAGGGUUACAGCAACAUUGCCUUCAACUUGUUUCAAUUCCCUCCUGUCAGUGUGCGAUUAGAGAGAAAAACCGUGCUAAUGGAGAGAGGGACUGCAACCGGGCAACAAAAAAAGUGACUUUAACAGGAAUGAUGUGUUGGAUUAAAGAGUCAUGCUUUCUUAGUGACCAAAAUAUAAGACCCAAGGUGACAAUAACAAGUAUCUCAAAGGUUAUUCAAAUGUAAAGGCUAUUUUUCCAGGUAUGAAAAGAAUAACACGUCUGUCAUCCAUCACAUUCCACCACAGAUCAACUGCUGACGUGCUACCAAAGUAGAUAAAUAUGUUGCACUGAACUGUCAUACAUCUUUUCUGAUGUUUAAAAUGGUUCACUAUUCUCAUGCUGAUGUGUAAUGCAUUGCGUUUCCCAUGAAUAGCAAGGAAAAAAUUUAAUGUCUUCUUGCAGACAAGGAAACUUAUCUUCUACAGACAGUUUGGUAUUCUUUACCUCAGGCUGUGAUUUGUAUAUUUUAUAGAUAGAUUUUAUAGAUGAAUAAAGUUGAAACUGAGUGGAAGAA